CAGGCGGACACUGGUAGUUGUAGCAUGGAGCCCUGUUUAGAAAACGUCAAAUCGUCAAGAAAAAGUAAAGAGGAAAAGAAACUCCUCCGGAAACAAAUUAAGGCCAGUCAUGUUUUACUGAAACAUGAGGGCAUAAGUACAGUAUCUCAGCCCACACAGAGUCUGGUGGUCGCUAACGGUGGGCUUGGCAAUGGAGUGAGUCGCGAACAGCUGUUAGCAGUCCUAAAGGAAGGGGGGGAGGUAGAGACCCUCGUCAUGCCCCCACACAAACCCUACGCCUUAGUCACCUACAGGUCGCAGGACUGCGCUCAGAGAGCACACGCCCUCCUUAACAGUAGACAGCUGUGCUGCGGAGACCAUAGUGUUGCUCUGUAUCUCAGCUUUAUCGACUCAGUGGCCAGCGAGAGGGAGGCGUGUGUGUCCCUUCCCCCAGGGUUGCUUGUUGCAGAGGACUACGUGACUCCAGAGGAAGAGGCUGUUCUUCUGGAUGCCAUAGACUGGUCGUCCCACGAUGAUGAUGUCACAGCUCAGAAAGCUCUGAAGCACAGGAGAGUGAAGCAUUAUGGCUACGAGUUUCGCUAUGACAACAACAACGUUGAUAAAGACAAACCUUUGCCUGGAGGUCUUCCACACCCGUGCGUAUCAGUUCUGGAAAGAUGUAUGAAUGAUGGUCAUGUUUCCUCUAUGCCAGACCAGUUGACAGUAAACCAGUACCAGUCUGGACAAGGAAUCCCUCCUCACGUGGAUACUCACUCUGCCUUUGAGGACUCAAUCCUCUCCCUAAGUCUGGGAGCCAAGACUGUGAUGGAGUUCCGGCACCCCGACGGUCGCCAGGUUGCCGUGGUGUUGCCAGGGCGGAGCCUCUUGGUGAUGAAGGGAGAGAGCAGAUCCCUGUGGACUCAUGGGAUCACCCCCAGGAAGUUUGAUGUGGUCCCGGCCUGCGACCCACAAUCCCGUGCCGCCGUGACCUCUGACCUCAGUAACCAUGGUAACUUGACCCUGAGCAAGAGGGGCACCAGGACCUCCCUGACCUUCCGGAAGAUCCGCUUCACCCCAUGUGACUGUGCCUUCCCCUCCGCCUGCGACAGCCAGCGCCCCGCCCCCGCCUCGCCCCCCUCCCUCCCCCGCUGCCCCUCCGAGGCCGCUCGUCUGGAGGAGCAGUACGUGCACCGCGUCUACGACAGCAUCGCCGCCCACUUCAGCGGCACGCGCCACUCCCCCUGGCCGCGCGUCUGCCACUUCCUGGCCGCGCUCCCGCCCGGAAGCCUCGUGGCCGACGUGGGCUGCGGCAACGGGAAGUACCUGGGGGUCAACCCGGACGUGAUCACGGUGGGCUGUGACCACAGCAGUGUGCUGGUCCAGAUCUGCUUAGAGAGAGGACACUUGGCGUUUGUGUCGGACGCCCUCAGUGUUCCCCUACGCAGCGAGAUCUACGACGCCUGCAUCUCCAUAGCUGUCAUACACCACUUCUCCACACAGGAGCGGAGGUUGGCGGCGGUAAGGGAGCUAACCAGGCUGUUGAAGCCGGGAGGCAGGGCCCUGAUCUACGUCUGGGCUCUGGAGCAGGAGCACAACAAGCAGAGGUCCAAGUACCUCCGAGAGCCCCAGGGUCCUUCAGGCACCGCCUCGGACGCCUCCAUAGUGGACUCCAUUCAGGAGACUGGACGGCCCACAGGCAAUGGUCAGGUCUACAAAGAGCACCCUGCUGGUACGGAGGACACCUCCGUCCAGGUGUCUCCUGGGAAAGAAAGUUCUACCAAGUUGAGUGUCCACACCAACCGCACCGCCUUCAACUCCCAGGAUCUGCUUGUCCCCUGGCACCUGAAGGCCGGAGGGGAGGAAAGGAGGAGGAAAGAGGGUGUAAAGGGGGAGAAUGGUGGGGGAGGAGGACCCAGAAACACUCCUGAGCCCUGUUCUAAUGCUGACCUCCACACCUCUGUCUCCAGUCCUGACCCCAGCCCAAAGACCGGGCCUGUGUUCCACCGCUUUUACCACGUGUUCCAGCAGGGGGAGCUGGAGGGGCUGUGUGGCAGGGUAAGAGGGGUGAGGGUGGAGAGUAGCUACCAUGACCAGGGCAACUGGUGUGUCAUACUGGAGAAGACUACUGGAGACUGCUUAUAACAGGACUGAUGGAGAACACAACCCAGAGACUGUGCCGCCACGUUCCCUAGGAGGUAUAAAUAACGUUUUUUCAUCCAAUUGAAUUUGAGAACAUGCGCCUGUGCUUGUCAGAGAAACACAAUUAUAUGGCCUAAUGAUGCGUUUUAUCGUCACUGAUUACUUUUGAUGAUUGGAGAAACUUGGAAAGAUUACAUGUCCUUCAAAUAAAUGUGGAGGGGAUGAAAGGUU